AUGCGCCGCUACGCAGAGGCAACGCCAUGCCCUGCGCCGAACCUAUCUUUCUCUAGCAGUCGCUAUAACGAAUACACGCGCCGCUCGUCCCUCUACGCGCCAAGCAGCUAUUCGACAGAUGAUACUACCACGAACAUAGAAUACACGACAGAAAUACAGGCGAAUUUGAGGAAUGCAAAGCCUAGGCGGCCGGCGCGCGGCAUGCGCAAGUCAGCGUUUAACCCGUCGCUGGAUAUAUUUGAGGAUGUGGCGCAAGAGGAGGAGCAGCAACAGCAGACAACUGUGGAAAUGAAACGGGCAAGCAGAACUUCGAUUAUACCUCAGGGAGGUCUUGAGAAGAAGAGCACGAUAUUGGCGCAGAAGGCGCAGAAGAUUCAUCUCCCUGCGCCGCAGGUUCAGGAGCCGCAGCUACACAAGCCGCAGCGCAGACGUGUGUCGCAGCUGCUUGUAGACAGGCAGGCCCAAGAGAGCAAUGCUACAGUGCAGCUGCGAGAGGAUGUCCUCGAGCAGUGGGAGCUGAGGAAGCAAGGCCCGAAGAAGGAUCCGCGCCGAAGGACCAUCUACGUUCCAUCCGACGAUACAACCAUCAUGACCAUUCAUCCCGGGCAGCCUACGCAGAGGCCGCGGAAUCCCAGAGAGAAGUCGCCGGAUAUUGGAUUGGAUCUGGUCACUCUGUCGGAAGAGGAGCCGGAGAACCUGGUACCCGUGCUGAAGAAGGAGAAGAAAGCUCCACGCAAAUCGCUGGCUGUUCCGCCGAAGCGCGUGCCUCUGCAGCAUUCAUCGCGGCAAAGCGUCUCUUUUGCUAGCGAUGUGUUUGGUCAGGGCGGGGGUAAGGAGAAUGUUCCGCCGGGCAUGCAGGUAUUUGAGAGCAAGUCCGGCACGCAUAUCGAGUUCAACUUUGGCAAAGAGGAAGCGAAGAGGCCCGCGGUGAAGCCUGCUAAGGUCCACUUCAAUACGUCGUCAUCUGACACGAAACCACAAGCGAAGACAAAGUCGGAGGGCACUCAAAAGCGAUUGCGGUCCCAGCUCAGCUACGACGGAUCGCCAGCGAAGUCCAUCAAAGCGAAGGCGGACAGCAUUGCAUCUACACUACGUACAACUAGCACGAAGCCUAGCAUCAAGACUGUCAAGAGUCGGGUAUCCAAGGUCGAUCGAGGCCCUCUUUCGUCCUCGCCAUUCCACACGGAUAGAUCUCCACCUACAGCACUGCGUCGCCAGAGGGCAGAACGAGCGCCAACGAAGAUUACUUUGAUGCACGAGGUCGGUAAGCCGCAGACCCAAGUGCCCAAGGAGAAGUACCCUGUCCUUGCGGAGGAUCUGGCGCGGCCCGAGCUCUACGAAGACAAUUGGCUUACCUAUCAAGAGGUAGCCAUUACCCAGCUACUGAACUGUAUGUUCGACUCAGCCAGCAAGGAUCCGAACGCGGAGCAGAGCCCCGAGGAGCUGAGGAAGAAGCUGCUUGGGCUGUAUCACGACCCUGCGAUCCCCCUAAUGCAUAAGCGACUGCAGGCUUCCCUACAGUAUGGCGCGUUGAGCAUACCAAAAGAUCUGCUGGCUCAGACACUUAGGCUCAAAGACGAUGUCGGCCUCCGGAAGAGGUUCCUGAACCUGUGGGUCAAAUCGUACGACCUCGCAUCGCUUCGAGUGGCCGCCGAAACUGUCAUUGGACGCCAGAUCACCAUUCCAUCAAGGCUUUCGAGCGGUAGCACCAGCUCAGAUGACGGAUCUCGUUCAAUGCGAGCUGAGCGAAGAGCUAUCGAGAGCUUCUUGGAUACGUUCCUGAUCCGCAACGAGGAUGCUGCUCGCCCGAAGAGUGGAGUGGGAAGCAUCGCCAGCAUCGCGCGAGGCGAUCACCAAGCCGACGACUUCGGCUCGCAAGGCUGGUCCUGGAGGCGAACGGCUCUGCGAAGCCUGAUGCUAAUCUACCUCCUAGACAAGGCGAAAACCGCAGACAUUCUUCCGGGCUGCCUCUUCCAGUCUACAUCGUCGUACAAGGCUUCCACAGACGUGCUCCACGCCCUAUCCAACAUGCUCCUCCCUUCUCAUGGCGACAUCACACGUCCGCUAGGCCAUCUCAACUACAAAGUCGAGCACGCCCAGUAUCCCUUGCAAGAGUAUACUUACCAUAUUGACAACAUCGCCAUCGACCUUCGUGAUGGCGUCAUUUUAACCCGUCUUGUGGAGCUCCUGCUCUACCCGCCUUCCACGCUCAUCGCGCUGCAGGAAGCCACCGUCACUAUCACCAUGCCCACCGGCGACGUUCUGACCAGUACUUUCGACUUUGCGCAAAAGGAAAGCUGGGUUCUCUCGCAACAUCUCAAGUUCCCUUCUAUUGGCCGCGCUCAGAAACUGUACAAUGUGCAGGUCGCGCUGUCAGCCCUGAGCGGCAUGCGUGGGAUCCCAGUCCAAGCCGUCGGCGGUAUCAAAGCAGAGGAUAUCGUCGACGGACACCGUGAGAAGACGCUCAGUCUGCUCUGGUCGCUGGUUGGGAAAUACGGUCUCGGAUCCUUGGUCGACUGGCCGCAGAUCGUUAAAGAGAUCGAGCGCUUCAGAGAAAUGUGGUACACCAAGCGCGACAACUACGAGAAGCGAGAAUUGGAUUCAGAUGACGAUGAAGCAACGACGGAGCUGGAUGGACUAGAAUACCACAAGCGGCUCCUACUCUCCUGGUCCCGCUGCAUCGCGCGUCUGCAUGGACUGCGCGUCACGAACCUCACAACCUCCUUCUCCAACCCGAAGGUCCUCGAAGCAAUCGUCGAUACAUAUCUUCCGUCUACUCUUAUCUCCGCCACAACGUCCUCUCGUCUCAGCCUAGCUGCGAAGUUGAAAGCAACGGGCUGCUCCACCUCCUUCAUCGCGCUCUUCACGCCCCAGCAUACAUCAGCGAAGACCAUCCCCUCGAAAGACUUCACCCUCCUCACUCUGUCUUUUCUCGCGUCUCGGCUCCUCCCGCUCAGCCUUACGCACCGCGCCGCUGCUACGAUCCAACGCUUCUACCGGCGCCGCCUACUGCGGCAGCACAUCCAUAGGCACAUCAUGCUCAUGCGACUUGCCGCUGACUGUGCGGCCGUCGCACAAACGAGGGAGAGGUUGGUGGGCGCCGCUGUGGUGAUACAGCGAAGGUGGAGAGACAUUUUGGAGAGCAGGAAGGUACAGAUGGAGGAAGAUGUGAUGAGGUUUCAGGCUCUGGCCAGGGGAUGGGCGAUCAGGCGGUGGGUGCGGCGCGUUACUGGGGGCCGGAUCGGUGGGAAGGAGAAGGUUCGACGGAUGCGAGGAGGCUGGUGA